CUCGGCUCUCCGCCUCCUCCUGUCCGAAAGUGCCCGAGCGCUGUCGGACGGCCUAAUCGGGCCUCGGCCACGGUUCGAUCAAGUCCCGAAACGCAGCGCCGUCGAGCCCCUUCGGGAGCAGAAGCGAAAAUGGCCGAAGCGACGCGUUUGCGUCCGGCGCCGAGAGGCUGCCGGGAUCGCGGGGCGGGGCGGGGCCCCGGGACGGGCCGCGGCAAGAUGGCGGCCUCGCGGCGAGGGAGAGCUUCCUCCAUGGUGCUCUCAUCGCUCCCUCUUCAGAUGCUGCUCUGUCUGAGUGGAAUGUACUAUGCCCUUUAUCUCCUAGCUGCGCUCCUGCUGGCUGUGUAUAAAAGUCAGGUUUUCACUUAUCCUCACGGUUACCUGGUCCUUGACCUGACUCUGCUCUUUCUGAUGGGGAUUCUGGAAGCAAUUCGGUUAUACUUGGGCACCAAGGGCAACCUGAUGGAAGCCGAGGUACCGCUGGCCGCCAGCCUGGUCCUCACGGUGUGCACUGCCCUGCUGUCUGUCUACUUCCUGCUCUGGCAGACCCUGGUGCUGUGGGCAGACUCGGCCCUCAGCGCCGUACUCCUGGCGCUCCACGGCCUAGAGGCCGUCCUGCAGGUGGUGGCCAUCGCCGCCUUCGAGGGCUAG